AUGUGUCCCCUGCAGCGUCCCCGGCCAUCUCCUCUGGCCGAUGCCGGCAUCCGGCUUCCAUUGUCCGGUCCCUGUGACGUCGGGACGUACGGGCGCCGGAACCGGCGGCAAAUUUGAAAAUGUAAAAAAAUGACAUUUUUUUUUAAAACGAUUAUUACAUACAUUUCACAUACUUUUUGUCCCUACUGCUUUGUCCUGUGCCCUGCCUGCAUUUUGAUUGUUCUUUCUGUCUGGAAACUGAGAAAAGUCCAUGGCAUCCAAAAAGCAUCCCUUUAUGUCAAAAUCGGUUUUAGACCAGCUAGAGAACAGCGAUAGUAAAUCAGAACCACUUGCAGAAUUGA